AUGAUCGUGAAAUAUCUAAUCUGGCCUGUUAUCGUGUUUAUCAUUGGUCGACUAUGCUAUCGCUCUUUUAUGAAAUUCAAAAGCUAUCGGGAUGAUUCUAUCUGGGGAUCCAAAAUGGACUGCGAGUUACCUCUCGAACUUCCCAAGAAAUGGCCCUUUGGAAUUGAUCGCAUCAAGGAUCUCUGGGAAACGAACGCAGAAGGUCGCCUCCUUGCAUAUCUUUGCAAAAUUGCGGAGGACUACGAACCCCAGAACAAUCUUUCUCAAUAUCUGCUGUUUGGGCCCAGGGCCUUUCACGUGUUACAUCCUAAGAACCUUGAGGUUGUUUUGUCCAAGAACUUCAAAGAUUAUGGGUUCGGAGUCAGGCCUCAAAUUUUCGCACCUCUGCUUGGUAAUGGCAUCUUCACCCAGGAGGGGUCUGAAUGGCAGCAUUCAAGAGACCUUCUGCACAAACAAUUUAAAAAUGUUCAGUCUCAGAACUUCGACCAGUUCCGUGAGCAUGUUGACAAUCUAAUUGAUCGUCUGCCCUCGAGCGGGAAGGUCGAUCUCCAGCCUCUAUUCUUUGAUUUGACCAUGGACAUUGCAACGGCUCUCCUUUUUGGUAGAUCGGUCUAUACCUUGAGGGCUGGUAUUGAUCAACAUCAGCAAAACAAACUAUUUGCAGAAAGCUUCAACAUCGCGCAAGAGGGGCUUGCCAAACGCUUUCGUAUAGCACCUUGGCAUAAUCUCUAUAGGCCAAAAGCCUUCCAGAAAGCCUGUGAUGAGGUCCAUCGCUUUGUUGAGCAAUACAUCAUGGAUCUAGACUUGGAGGCCGUGGAUGACAAUGAAGAGAAACGAUAUGGCUUCAUCAAGCAGAUUGCUAAGGAAUCGUGUUUGGAGACCGCGCAAAACAACAAAGCGAAGCGACUUGGGCCCAACGAUCACGACAUUGAUGGGUCUAAAAGGAUGGAAAAUAUACGUGAUCAACUACUAAAUGUUUUGCUCGCUGGACGAGAUACAACGGCAUGCUGCCUGUCUUGGACAUUUCGACUACUUGUCCGCCAUGAGGGUGUAAUGGAACGUCUGCGAAAAGAAAUCUCUUCCGUUAUGGUAAACGAGUCUAUACCAACUCGGGAGCAAAUAAAAAGAAUUCGAUACCUUGAUUAUGUGAUCAAAGAAAGUCUUCGUCUUUAUCCUCCUGUUCCGCUGAACAAUCGCGAGGCGGUGAAAACUACUCUUCUACCAACAGGGGGUGGCCCAGAUGGUGACAAGCCUAUCUUGGUGAGAAAGGGUGAACUAGUUGUCUAUUCACAGUACGUGAAUUCACGGAAGAAGAACAUAUAUGGCCCUGAUGCAUAUGAAUUUCGUCCUGAGAGAUGGGAAACCGGCGAACUUAACAAUAUUGGAUGGGCCUACUUUCCUUUCAGUCGUGGGCCUCGUCAAUGUUUGGGGGAGGAAUUUGCUCGAAUGGAGAUUUCUUAUACGAUUGUGAGGAUGUUGCAGACAUUUUCGCAGAUUACGUUGCCGGCAGGAGAGCCAAAUGAGCCUGUCGGAACCGAAAGACAGCGACUAACACUAGUUCUUUCGAGCGCCGAAGGAUGCAAAGUGGAAGUCCUUAAAAAUAGUCAUUGA